AUGUCAAAUAACAAUGUGAUGUGUGUCGGCGGGCGACUAUCCCACGCGUCCGUUCCAGAGUCUAGAAAGCAUCCAUUCAUCUUACACCACCAUCAUCCAUCAGCUACGUUAGUCAUGCGGCACUACCGUUUACGUUUGUUUCACGCCGGACAACAAUUGUUAGUUGCAUCUGUCCGAGAAAGAUUUUGGCCAACUGCUAUUCACAGCUUAGCCAGGAGAAUCAUCCAUGAGUAUGUCGACUGCUUCAAGAACAAACCAAGGAUCUUAGAACAGCUUAUGGCUGAUCUCCCACCAGAACGAGUAACACCGUCAUCGCCAUUCUUAAAAGUUGGAGUAGACUACUGUGGCCCAUUCAUGAUCAGCUAUCCUAACCGUCGUGCCAGGCCAGUGAAAUGCUAUGUGGCAAUAUUUGUCUGUCUAACUGUGAAGGCAGUCCAUUUAGAACUCGUAACUGACCUGACUACUGAGGCGUUUCUUGCAGCGCUGAAACGGUUUGUCGCUCGGCGCGGAAAACCUCAACUUAUAAUGUGCGACAACGCUACUACAUUUGUUGGUGCCAAGAGAGAGUUGGCCGAGCUUUACCAUUUGUUUCGUAGCCAGCAAUUUCAAGAUUCAAUCACAAAGCAAGCAGUAAAGGACGAUAUCGAUUUUCGGUUCAUUCCUCCUCGCUCACCAAACUUUGGUGGACUUUGGGAGGCGCAAGUGAAGUCAUUUAAAAAUCACUUCAGAAAAACCAUCGGACUGAGAACUCUUAACAUCGAUGAGAUGCAAACAGCACUUGCACAGAUCGAGGCAGUGUUAAACUCGCGUCCAUUGACACCGGUUAGCAGCGAUCCUAAUGACUUCGAGGCACUUACGCCUGGGCACUUCUUAGUGCAUCGUCCACUCACCGCAAUUCCAGAGCCUGAUCUACAAGACAUCCCUAUUAACCGACUGUCAAUGUGGCAACGAGCCCAGAGUGUAACACAGCAACUGUGGAAAAAAUGGAGCACACAGUAUUUAUCUGAUCUUCACAAUCGCACCAAGUGGACUAAAAAACGCGACAAUGUAGCAGUAGGAACGAUGGUCCUGCUCAAGGAUGAUAAUGCACCACCACUCAAAUGGAAGUUAGCACGUGUAACCAAGAUCUUCGCCGGUACAGAUGGCAACAUCAGGGUGGUCACUGUACGUACCAAGGACGGUUGUUUCGACAGGGGAAUAUCGAAAAUUUGCGUCCUUCCAAUCCGAGACAACAUCCAGCAAUCAACAGCAGACGGCCACUAA